AUGUCUUCAUCAUUCCAAUCGAGGGAUUAUUCGCCCGCGGCUCAUCUUAAUGCACUAUUCCAGAGCCCGGAAGCACUCAAUGAACUCCCUGAUCUUCUUCAACAUAUUCAUACUUACAAGUCUCAAUUAGAUCUGUCCAUCAAUCAAAGUAUUGAAGAAUAUAAUCAUACCAUAAGGCAACUGUCCUUUGACCCAAAGAAGUUCCAACAAGACGUGAGCAGCUUACUCGUAACUAUCAAGACCACUAAGUCAAAGGCUUCAAAAACAGAACAGACCAUUACUUCAAUGUCUCAAACAAUUCAACUGCUUGAUCAAUCUAAAAAGAACUUGGUUCAUCUGAUGACUGUGUUGAAAAGAUUACAAAUGCUUAUAUCUGCCAAUGACACCUUGACCCAGACGAUCCCCUCAAAGAAUUACAAAGAGAUCUUAUCAUUAUUCAGUGUGGUAAAGGAACUUUCUUCUCAUUUUAAACCAUACAAAUCCAUUGAUGAGAUUGCCUCACUCAAUGCAAUCAUUAAUAGAUCUCAGGCAAAAUUGGUAGAUGAUAUCUUUCUUGAUUAUGAAGAUGCUAUCCAACUGGAUGAUUCCUCUAGAGUUGACUUGCAAUAUGCCGCACAAAUAUUGGAAAUCAUAAGUUCUUCUCAAAAAUUAAAACUUAUCGAUUGGUUCUGUAACAUUCAAUUGAGAGAAAUUCAAGGCAUUUUCAAAUCUUCUGAUGAGGCAGGUUCAUUGGAAAACGUGGCAAGAAGGUACAUUUUCUUUAAAAAAGUGUUACUGGUGGUAUCUAAUGAUCUAACUCAUUGGUUCCCAGAAGAAUGGCAUAUUGAUUUAGAAGUAUCAAAGAAAUUCUGUACCUUCACUAAAAAUGAUUUACAAAAAGUAUUGAAUCAUUACAAUGUCACAAGAAAGUCUAGCUCAUCAGGGACCAACCCAGACGUCUUAUUAAAUGCCUUGACGGCAACUUUGGAAUUCGAGAAAUUCUUAAAUCAAACAUUAAACACAGAGGUUUUCGAUCAAUUUAUUCUGAGAUCUUUUGAACCAUACCUUUCUGUAUGGGUAUCACAACAAGAUUCCAUGAUGGAAUCGAAAUUUAUGGAAUAUUUAUCCACUCCGAAAAUUCCAGAAGAAUUAAAUUCAAACACUUAUGAAGGAUUACUUUCCAUUCUUUCAACUAAUGCACCUCCAAAUAUUGCCUCUUCAUCAGCAGAAUUAUUCCGAACUUAUCGUAAUAUUCUCGCUCAAACCACUAAAUUGAGCUCAGGUCCAAUUUUGGGGGAACUUUCAGAUUUAUCUGUCAAAUUUUUAAUUCAAUACGCUCAAAGAGUGUUGUUACCAUGUUUACCAACUAAUAUAGAGGUUCUUACGGGAGUCGAAUCGCUAAAAUAUCUUACCAUGGUGUUGAAUACUUCAGAUUAUUGUUCCAAUACAUCCUCUCAAUUGGAAGAUAAGAUUAAAUCCACCAUAGAUGAAGACUUGAAGGAAAUCAUUAACUUUGAUGACGCUAGAGAGUCAUUUAUAGAACUUAUUACAAACUCAAUUACGUUAUUAUUAACGAAAAUAUCUAAAGAUUUGGAUUUCUGUUGGAGACAAUUCCAAAAUAUUAAUUGGAGUAAUAUGGAUAACGUUGGGGAUGUUUCCAGAUAUAUGACCGACACUAAACGGAUUCUCAAUGAGAACAUGCGUAUCAUCUUACCACUUAUUGUCCGUGAAGGAUAUGUACGCAACUUCUGCAAUAAGGUGGUUGAACUUGUGGUGAAUCAAUUUAUGAAUCAAUGGAAAUGUAUUAAACCCAUCAAUACUGUCAAUGCUGAACAAUUAUUGUUGGAUUUAUCUGCGCUUAAAUCAAUCCUAUUGGCCCUACCAAUGUAUGAAGAUCCAACCUUUGAAGAGUCCAUCCAUCCUCAUGGUGCUAGCACUUCUCCAUCUGAUUUGAAAGUACUGGCAAGUUAUGGGAAGUUUGUUAAUUCCCAAAUCCACAAGGCAGAGACUGUUCUUAAAGUAUUAUUACUGCCUACCAAGCCAAUUGAUGACUUUGUAUCGAAUUAUCUCACCUUGAUUGGUGACAAAUCUUCUCACAAUUUUGGCAAACUUUUAAAUUUGAAGGGGGUUCAUGGUCAAGAAAGUUCUCCAUAUGUGGAUAAUUUCUUACUACAGAUUGCAAGUGGUGAAGAUUUGCAAUUGGUUGAUUCUAGUCCAUUAUUAUCACAAUUAAAGACUGAGGGGGAAGAAGCGGCAGAUAAGAUCAAAAAGCCAAUUCCAACCAUAAGCAAGCCAGUGACUGGUAGCACGAGCAACACUGCAAGUAAUAAUAUCUUUUCCAAGUCUCCAAGACUCAAUGGGAAUUUUUCACCACCGGGAGCAUUCCAAACUCCAUUUCAAAAUAAUUUGAAUAUCAAUAAUAUUGAAAAAAGUUUCAGAGAAUUGGCUCUUAAUGGUGAGAAUAAAGUUAGUAAGAUCAAUGAGAACUUUAAGAAUUUCGGUAAGUUAUUCAGAAAGGAUAACAAUGAGUAA